AUGCUACCCGCAAGCGUCGCCCUUCAUCCCGUCGCAUCUCGUAGUGGCGAACAGUCUGCAACCAUCGUUUCAGUAGACGUCAGGGCAGCCCGCGUCGGUGUCGGCGCGCAGCACAGUCAUCUGGUAUCUCAAAAUGCUACAGAUGGCCUUUCCACGGGCACCGCUGCCAGCAUGGAUGCCGCUGAAAGCCAAGAUACAAACCAGAAUGUGACGCACAGCAUUCUAUUAUCCAAGAGUCAGCGCCCAUACCUCCGCAGAUCUCCUCACAGCAGCGGCCCAACCGAGCGCACAGUUCAGUGGGAUGGUUGCCCAGCCGUUGUGGACACGGAGCCAUCCUUGGCACGCCCAGUUAUCGAGAAUCCUGUGUGGGGCGUGCAGCAUGAGGACAUCAGCGCGUACCCCAUCGUCGAGACUGCUCCCACAGCUGGCCUUUGGGAUGUGGACCCGUCGUCAGCCAGUCGCAAGAGAGCUGCUUCGACAGCUUCGGCUCCGCCUGGAGGACAGUCUUUGCACAGCGAUGACUCGCACCAUUUGCCACUGGACGCUGAUACUCUGCCGCUGCGCAAAAUGUCUGCAGCGCAGUUUGCCGAGCUCUUUGCCCGCUACGCCUCCACGGACGUCCCUCAUGCUGUCGUCUUUCCCUUCAUGCACGGCGUCGACGGCGAGAAUGUUGCCCAGAACGUCUUUUUUGGUGCUCCCUUGUCUGGCAUGCCCGCUCCUCGCUACCGUGGUCUCACCGUCGUCAGGGCUGACAUGCCAGCUCCGGGCCAGAAGCUCUUGUACCAGCGUCGCUGUCGCGCUUCUGCAAGGCCUCAAGCCAGCAACGGCAGCGCAACGACCAGGUCGCGGGCCGACUCUGUCCUCACGGAUGCAUCCGACUCGGCACUCUCCGGUAACAACCACAGCACAAGCAACAGUAGCGACGGUCACGGUCCAUAUGGAGGAGUCACCAUACCCUUGUCGACGACGAGUUCUGCACAUUCCGUCUCAUCAUACAGCCCCUCGCUUUUCUCGCAUCGGAGCGGCGUAGGAAGUGCCAGCCUUGUAUCCAUCUCAAGCAUUAGCAGCACAACUACUGGUGAAGACGGUUUCUUUGGCGAAUCAGCGGAAAAAUCUAAUGCUCGCUACUCGAACGGAAGCACCUUCCAAGCCACAUACCGCCAGCCUUACGAGCCGCAACCGGGGCAUUCUUUGCUUAAUAGCUCUGUCUUCCCAGUCGAGCUCCUCAUCGCGCCGCCAUUCGCUGCCUCGCGCUCGUCUAAGAAGGACUGUAAUGCUACACUUAGCACGGCUUCAGCGGCCGGAGGAAAGAAGGGCCAGCGUGCCCGGUUCGUCAAGCCACGUCAGGCAUCAGGCGUCAGCCUGCGCAACUUUAAGAUCCAGUGCGCCAAGUACGCCACCAUCUCCGACAUUGUCCUUUACUGCCCUGCUGGCAUGCACGAGGGCAUGGUCGAGCUCGCAAAUUGGUUCAGGGAUGCGCAGGACGCUUGGUGGGAAGAGCGUCAGGCAAGGAACCUAGGCGGCUUGAGAUAUAACGUCUUCCUCAUCGAAGACCCAUUCGACGUGUUCGAAGAGCAGUUCCCCGAGUUGGUUUCUGUCGAUUCAGCAGGCCGAUCGGCGAACCGUGUAGACUUUGUCGAUCGCGAACGCGAGGAGAUGCAGCGCCUCACACGAGCGAGCGAGAUCGAUACCAACGUGUGGCUCGGCUCCACUGGCGACGUUCCGCUCACCGACGGCUCUGCAGAGCGCAUCCACAUACCAAACAGCUUCAGUGCCGCCGAGGAAGCUCGCACAGCCAAUCCACACAACUUUUCGAUCUGCAUCGAGGCGCAUGAGGCCGGCGAAAUGCCUACACCCUCCCGCCUGGCACAUGCUGCCGACUACCUCGACGCAUUGGAGACCAUCUCGCGACGUGACCGCCCGUGCGGCAGGGAAGCGCAGGACGUCGACCGUGAUGCCAACGAAUUCGAAAUCGAAGAGAUGGACCAUGAUAAAGGCCGUUCCAUGCUGUCUCUCGGACCUAAGGGUUGGUCCGCACCGGCCCGCAAGCGCUCUAGCAGAUUGACUCCUCGCGGCUAUCGCAGAUCGAGCUCUUCCUCGGCGCCCUCCACCCCGGUUCCCUUCCCGCCGCUGCCGAUCGCGCCCGAGAGCAUGGUGCUACUCGAAAGCCCUGUGGCAUGUCAGCAUGAAAGUCACGGCUUGACAACGCAGAGCAGGCUUGUCGAUAACUUGAUCGACCUCUGCGUUUGGAUCAAGCAGCAGGCUGAGCCAGCUUCCUCCGUUCCCAUCCCUGUUCCAGCCACCAGCAGCUGGAUGCUGCGCAAGGCGAGCGAGAAAGAGAAGCAGCACAUGCCUCGGAGAGUCUUGCUCUACUGCGGGGAUGGGUAUACGGAGACAUCCGUCCUAGCACUGACCUACACCAUGUUCUCGCGCCGUCUCUGCCUCCCGGAGGCCUACCUCUAUCUUCAGAACGAGGCGCACCGCUCUUUCUUCGUCUAUUCGCGCGAGCUGCCACUGCUCAAGAAGAUUGAGGCAAAACUUCAGCAGCGCAUCAACCUCAGCAACGGUGCUCCUUAUGGCAACAUAGAACGGUCGAGGUACAACACCUGGUCAGGCACUGUCCACAGCACCCAGCUCGUUGAGCAGCCGCCGUCCGGCCCGCAAAUAGCCGUUGCAGACCUUGAAGAGUCUUUCGGUGUCAUUGACGAGCCCGAGCCGGCAGCUGCUGCUCCCGAGCGCAGUGGGUGGCAGCGCAGCCUGGCCGCAGCCGCUUCCGGACUAGUGUCCGCCAUCCCGAGUGCCCAUCACAAGCGGCACAACUCGGUCGGCUCCGCAACGAUCGCCAAGUCUGGUGGCGGCAGCAGCAGCUCGGCUAGAGCGAAGACGCCGACGCCCGCGUCGCCGCAGCUUGGUCCCGUCUGGCCACUCGCGACGAGGCAGGAGGAGAAGUACGCUUGGUUUUACGAUGCUCGUUUCGAAGGCGCUUUCCCUUCGCGCAUCUUGCCUUUCCUAUAUCUGGGCAACCUCAACCAUGCGCUGAAUGCAGGGAUGCUGCACGCGCUCGGCAUCACCCAUGUCGUCUCCGUUGGAGAGUCCGCGCUCGCGCCGGGGGAUGCUUCGCUUGCCACUGCGACUAUGCAACACUCCAGUACGACGGAAGGGACCUCCGACUCAGUUCCCUCUAACGCGCCUAAGGUUAACUCUCUAUGGGACGAGAGGAACGCCGGCCGCAUCAGUGUUCUUGAUCUUAAGAACGUCUCUGAUGACGGCAUCGAUCCAUUGCGCUCGACGAUGAAGCAGGCCGUCGAGUACAUCGAAGCUUGCAGGCGGAGUGGCGGCAAAGUGCUGGUGCACUGCAGAGUCGGCGUCAGCCGCAGCUCGACCAUUGUCCUCGCGUACGUCAUGGCGCACCUCGACCUUUCCCUCGUCGAGUCCUAUUUGCUCGUGCGCAGCCGUAGACUCAACAUCCUCAUCCAGCCUCAUCUGCUGUUCUUCUGGGAGCUGCGGUCCUGGGAGACUUAUCUGGCGCAGCAGAAGCUCGCCCGCGUCGGCUUCACCGGUAUUCGAAGCCUCGCUGACGCUAGUGUCCGUGAGGAGGACGGCGACGUGCUCAUGAACGAAAGCCGCUUUGGUGAAAUGCCAAGUUGCUGGCGAGCGGCUGAAGAUCACUUUGCAUCGCUUUCCCUCGUCGAAGCAUCUUCUGCGAAGCACAUGUUGGAAAUGAUGCAGGGUCGGGCGGCCGAGGACGACGCGAUUGAUAUGGAUCUGGCCGUUGGCGCUGGUAGCAUCCACGGUAUCACCAUGCAAGUGCCACAUGGCCCACACUUCGGCUGCGGCAGCCCGCAAGGUCUUCCGAGUAUUUCCCUGAGGCUCACCUGGGGCUUCCUCGCGCGCGAGAUUGCACAUCUCAAGUACGUAAACGGUUUCUCACCUUGCUUCUGA